CUCCGUCCCAGCGCGUGACAUCGAAUGUUAUCACAGGGCGAAGCUUUGACUUGUGGCAGCGAUAGCAGAGAGUGCUAUCGCUGCGAGGAGCUUGGAGUCCAUGGCGAAUGUUUAACGAAGGUGGCACGCGCUGGGAAGGAGCUUUGAAUGUUUUCCCAUAAAGGGACGUAAUUAUGAUGGACUCUUCCGCUUGAUCCGAGAGCUGUCAUCAACUGCAUCGGAUGGACAUAGAUUGUUAGAUUGCUGUUGUCAUUUACGAUUUCGUCUUUGUCCGAGCACAUUCAAAGCAGAGGGCUAACCUCUCCAUCUAGCCAUGUCUCAGUAUGAUGUGGACAAGUUUGAUCCCCCGCCAGAUGCUGAGCUGGUGUGCUGCAUUUGCACGUUCGUCCUAGAUGAGCCCAUGGAGACCCCAUGUCGACAUGUCUUCUGUAGGCAUUGUAUUGAGACUUGGCUCGGACAUCGCCGCACAUGUCCAUCAUGUCGGAAGAAAGUUUCCCGGAGGGAUCUCAAGUCUGUUCUUCCACUUGUUCAGAAUAUGCUGAACAAACUGACCAUGAUAUGUGAAUUCCGGGAAAAUGGGUGCCAGAAGAAACCAGCAUUGGAGCACUACCGUGCACAUAUAGCUAAGUGUGACUUUGAGCUGCUCACAUGCAAGUAUGUCCGAUGCAAGGAGCAGGUUCUCCGGCAGGACUUGGAGAUGCAUGAGACAAAUUUGUGUGAGUUCCGAGAGGUCCUUUGUCAGCAGCAGUGUGGCUUGCAUGUUCCCAUCAAGGACAUCGACAGCCAUGACUGUAUGCUAGCCCUGAAGAAACAUGCUGAAGAGCGACAGAAACAUGCCGAGGAGUUGGAAGCCCGCCUUCAGCAGCUGAUGUCCCUGCAGGAGAGCCUGCGAAAGGAUGUGGAGAGCCUACGGAAGCAGGUGGACCAGGAGCGGCGCCGUCGUCCAUCUCAUCCUGAUGACUGGUUCUCUUCCAGCUGGGACUCCUGGGACGAUGAUGACCAGAACACACAUGGGUCCUCCGAGUCAGACUCAGAGGAUGUGCCAGUAGAAAGUCUGUUCUUCAAUUCCACUGAUAAUGAUGCCUCUCCUGGUCAUGCAUCCAGAGAUGCAUUGUCCGACAGUGAUAGUGAUGUAGAGAUGCUGAGAAACACCAGGAGCUGGAGACGGGUCAGACGUCUGUCAACAACCUCCAUCAAUUCUGACACACCAGAGAUAAUUGAGGCAGGUGUUAACAGCUCUGAAACUGUGGAAGUCCCUAUAAGUAUUGAAGAAGACACCGGUGCCAAUGAAGUGGUGGAUAUGUUCAGUGGGGCUGAGGCUGCUGCAGUGCGUGAAGGCAACACAGAGAGCAGGUUGUCGACUGGGCUUGUUGCAGGGGCAAGCAAUCAGAUCUUCACUGCAGGAGAUCUGGUUACAAACAUCAUUGCAGAAUACCAGUCAUUGGGCUCUGCCAUCCAACAGUCAUUUCGCCAGAGCACUGAUAACCUUUCUCGAAGGAAUGUAGUUGAGGGAUCAAAUGAUUUGGAUAGCCCACUAGUUACGGAUAUACACAGGAAUUUGUCUGAUGAACUGACUUCCCAGGCCGGUGUGGGUCAGGCCCUUGACACUGUAUCGAGCAUGGCCCCCACACCUGUUCUUCCGGCAGUCUGUGCUGAUGUUCCAGGUACUUCUGCUUCAUGUGAUCUGCUGACUGGUUACAGUGCAAUCAAUACACUGGCAGCUACUGAGAACUGGCCCGCCACUGACAGGAACCAUGAAGCUACAGCUCACAUGUCACACUUCCCUCACUUCCAGGUGGCCAACUCACUGGACAGUGGUCAAGCAGUCACAACUACAGAUUUUUAUGAAGAAAGCAGAUUAAAAUCUGUUAUUCUGCCUCUGGUUUCAGAUUUCCCAUCAACAGAUGCAGUGUUCAGUGUUUCUUGUCCUCCAAAUUUAGCAGAGCAGGCUGAAGAUUCCAAAAAGUUUGGUGACAGUGUUAAGGCAGCAUUCAUGCAUGACUGGGAGUCAGCAUGUAGAUAUCCAAACUCGGACACUUCAGAGGAAUGGAAGUCUGCUCUGGAAAUUAGCAGAGAGUGUGCACCCACGAUCAAACAAGAAGAGUAUCUGGGUUCCCCUAGCGUGGAUGUCUCAAGGACACACAAAGAAUCUGUUGUUGAUCUUACGAUGAUUCGUGGAACAGAGACAGUGGGUGAGGUUGCUCCAAGUGAUGACUCCUGUAUCUGGAUCUCUUCAACAGAGGAUGUGGAGUAUGCUGAGGACACACUGGACAGUGAUGCUUUCAGCAGUAGGAAGACUGGAACCGGUACCUUUACUGAUACUUUGACCAGUGAUCCUGAUGUCAUGAGGACAAGUAAAGCUGAAAGUUCAGAUGUUAGUAAUACAAAACAUGGUGAUACUAUUCCAACUAUGUUUUUUCAAUGCCACCAAGAAUUAAAUUCAUCUCAAUCCAGACUUUGCUGUGAUGAAAUGCUUGAUAAAUGCAAAAGGAAUCAUAACCAAUCAGAAUUUAGUGAGCCAUGUGUGAAAAGCAGAAAGAAAUCUGAGCUUGAAAAAGUGGAAUCUCAUGAUCAGAGCUACUCUCCAACUGUAAAUGUCAAAAUAAAUUUGUCCUUACUCGACCUUAGAAAAUUUUCAAAGCCUGGGGAAAAAAAUAAUUCACCUGAAGUCCCUUUGAGACAUGCAAAACGUGAGAGUGCAACAGAGUUUAAUACAAAACAUGGGAGGUCUAGACCAUUGUCCAACACUUCAAGUCAAGAGAUGAAGUCUACAGGAUUUCUGACAACACAAGGCAGUGUCUCCUUGUUGAGGCCUCUACUAAAUGGCCCAAGUAAAACUGAUUCAGUGAUACCUGAUCAGCCAUCUGGAACUGAAUUGGAUGUAUCGAGGUCGGUACAACCAGCACUGUCCUCCAUGUCUGGUGCUCGGAAACGAAGACAUGUAUCUGAGACCCCUGGGCGUCCAGAUGAUGAUGUUGAGAUUCCGCCCAGCACUACCCAACUCCUGGCACAGUACAGCGAGGACAGUGACACUUCCUGGGAGCCAGGCAACUCCGAUGUAGAGUACUCUGAUGAUAUGAGUCUCACAGAUGAUGAAACAGCCAGUGACAGCAGCUAUGAGGUUCGUGUUCCCAAACCCUUGUCCCAGCUCAUUGAUGAGUUGGCAGAGGAAGAUGAAGAUACUGAUGAUAGUUGGGCUCCUACUUAACUUGGAGUCACUGACACACUCAAAAUACCACAGCACAGAUCAGUUUAGAGUAUGGCUCUUCAUUUUUUUAGAUUUUAGAUCUUCUAUAACAUCAUUUUCAGUUAAUAAGUGUUUUCAAUUUACAAAUGUAUUAUUACCAUGGCCAUGUUAAUGAAAUAUGCAUGAUCACAUGAUUUUUAAUGUUGAGAUGUGUUGAGUACAUAAAUCUGAAAACAACUUCAUAUUUUGAUGCAAACAUUUUGAGAAAUUGAUUCAAUCUGUUAUGAUGAUGGACUCAAUUUCAUUGAAAUAUAUCAUAUCUGGAGGUAAUGUGUUAUGAUCAGAGAAAGGUAGACAAUAUUACUUUGUACCGCUGUCUGUAAGCAUGGUAAGAAGGAUGACUGAAGGCAAUGUAUUCAUGUAUUUUGUAUAAGCUAUUUAAGAAUUGACCCCAGUUUUUUUUGCGUUUAUGUAGGUAUAAACGAAAAAAAUGCAGCGUUAGAAAUUGGCACUAGUCCUAUAGUCCUUGCCAAACUGCCCAAUGGUAAAGGUAUCAUAAGGACUAGUAGAAAUUUGCCCUUUUUAAGGGUUUUGCUAUAUGUUAUCAUUAUAAGGACUAGUGGACGAAAACUGUUAGUUUCUAACCCUGUAAUGGUGCGCAUUCUGUUAAUCCACGUAAAAAUUGGUGUUGAAUUCCAUUUAUAUUUACGAUUAUAACUCAAUAAACAUAAAAAGGCAAUUCUUAUCAAUAAAUAUUCAAUAAUAAUGA